UCAUCAAUUAUUAUCCUCAAGGGCAUUACAUGUCGGAGAUUCGGAACCAACUGAAACAUUGCAAGGGAUGAGUAUUUCAUCAUCUGUCGCAAAUAGAUGCCAUAGGCAUUCAUUGGCCUCGGAGAACGAGUCCGGCGUGCAGGUAUGUGGCAGGUGUAUGUGUGGCUGGCAUGUUUCUAUGCAUUCCUGCUGCACCUGGGGUUCCACAGCAAGGAGAAGGUUUUGUUUGCUAACGGUUACUGCUUGUCAUUAUUCUUGACAGACAGGGCUUGCUGCAUAACAGUCGAAGCUGGUCGCAGUUUGAAUGCGGUAUAUUAUUUUUUGAGUUCACUUGG